AUAUAGGAGCGCAAUUCACACAGGCACACACAUGCUCAGACACACAAGGACGAGAUAGAUUUGCAUCACUCUCUUCUACUCUCUCUCCACUCCGUCUCUUCAGCGAUUCCCUGCUUCGUGCAAUCUCAGAGGUCACAGAUCAGCGGUCAGGUCACCAUGGUAACAAUGAGCUGGAUGCUGCUGUUGUGUGUGCUGGCAGAGGGGUAUGGGUCAGAGGUCGGAGUUCAGGAGGGGUGCGGCCAUUGGAUGGGAGGUGUUCCUGGGACUCCUGGUCUGGACGGGCAGGAUGGGAGAGAUGGGAGAGAGGGACGCCAGGGAGAGACAGGAGACACUGGACUUCCAGGUGUGCGAGGUGAGAGGGGAGAGGUGGGGGAAGUUGGGGGGGACGGAUUCCAGGGACGACGGGGUUUCCCGGGGGCCCCAGCGCUGCAGGGGCAGAGGGGCGAGAGUUCCUUCCUGUAUCGCUCUGCCUUCAGCGUGGGACUAACCACACCCACUACCACGGCAGACACACCCCUUCACUUCACCAAGAUCUUCUACAACGAACAGCAUCACUAUGAUGACAUCUCAGGGAAGUUCCGUUGUUUUAUCCCCGGAGUGUACUACUUCACCUUCCACCUCACUGUACAGGGUCAGGGGUGUAAGGUGGGGCUGUACCGUAACGGCCGUGUCAUGUCGCUGACUCUGGACCAGUUCCUGACCUCUGACCUGGACCAGUCCUCUGGAGGGGCGGUCCUAAACCUCUCAUCUGGAGACCAGGUAUGGCUGCAGGUGUAUGGUGCGGAACAGGAAGAAGUUGGAAUUUACGCUGACAUCAACAACGACUCCACCUUUACUGGUUUUCUGAUUCAGCCGCGCCUACCUAGCAGCCCAUUGGACAACCGCCGACGCUGACUUCCUGCUUUAGCUGUGCCUACCAGGCAGCCGAUUGGACAAUCUGCUCCACCAUACCUACUUACAGCAGCAGUUGCUUAUUUUCCAUCACAUCCCUUUUUCCCCCACCUCUCUCCUUAUCCCCCACCUCUACCUAUCCCCACCUCUCUCCCUAUCCCCCACCUCUCUCCUUAUCCCCCACCUCUACCUAUCCCCA